CACACCGACUACCUCUGAACAGAACAUCAAGAAACAGCACACAAGCGACGAAACCAUGGCUGCUCCCUCUCCCUUUAAGAUCAAUGUUGACGAGUCCAUCCUGAAGACACUUGGAGAGAAGCUGGCGCUCGCGCGCCUGCCUAAGCCGGUUGCUCUGCCUCAGGGCCAAGAGUGGCUGCAAGGCUCGCCCAUCAGCGAUAUCUCCGACUUGGUUCAGCACUGGAAGAGCAGCUACAACUGGAGGGAGAGGGAGACCCUCCUGAACAAAGAGCUCGCCUCGCAGUACACCGUCGACCUCGAAUUGGAGGGCUAUGGCAAGCAAACCGUUCACUACUUCAUCAAAGAGUCGCCUCGAAAGGAUGCCAUCCCGCUUCUCCUGAUUCAUGGCUGGCCUGGCAGCGUUCUGGAGUUCAAGAAGCUGGCACCCAUGCUUGCUGAUCCCAAGGACGACAGCAAGGCCGCUUUUCACGUGGUUGCUCCGAGCCUCCCCGGCUUUGGCUUCUCUUCACCGCCUACAGGUGCCAUGCAGGGCCCCUUUAAGAUUGCCGAGCUGUUCGAUAGCCUGAUGGAAAAGCUCGGCUACCCUAAGUACGCUUCUCAGGGAGGCGACUGGGGCUCCAUGAUUACCCGUGCUCUCGCGAUCCAGUUCCCGCAGCGCUGCCGUGCCAUUCACGUCACCAUGCUCGAAGCACCCAAGCCGGACGACUGGAAGGACGAGGAUGCGACUGACUUUGAGAAGAAGAAGCUUGCCGACAUGGCCGAAUUCUACACAGCGCAGCCUUACCUCCAGACAAACGUCAGGACGCCUCAGACGGCUGCAUUCGCUCUGACCGACUCACCCGUUGGGCUCCUUGCUCUCUUCUAUGAGAAGCUGGCUCGCUGGGUCGACGACCGUCACUUCAAGUUCUCGAAAGACGAGGUGCUUGACGCUGUCAUGAUGCACUACAUCGGCGGACCCGAAUGGGGACUGCGUCUAUAUCAGUCCGGCAUGUACACCGGUGAGAUUCCCAAGAGCUACAACGAGAGCUUAAAGGGAAAGGAUGUGGCUUUCGGCUGCAGCGCCUUUCACUAUGAGCUUCUCGGUGUGCCCAGACGAUGGGCGGAGCGGGUCAACGACAUUGUCUUCUGGAAAGAGCGAGACGUCGGCGGACACUUCCCGCAAGUCGAAUGCCCCGAGCUGCUCGCUGCCGACCUACAGGACAUGUUCAAGGAGCUCAAGCCUAAGUUCUCCUGA